AUGCCUAGACCAAAUUUGGGAAGAUGUUCUCAAUUAGUUCGCCAAUUUUGUAAAAAUAAUCAACUUCCUUAUAUGGAAGAUGAUUUUUUUACUGGAUAUUUUGCUAGUUUAAAGUUAUUACAUAAAGUUUCUAAACAAGCAAUUGAAAUUAAUAAAUCUUCUAAAUAA